GAUACAUUGUGGAAGUAAGGUGAGUUAUUUUUUAUUGAGAAUUUGAAGUAUUUUUUAUUCCUUAGAGCGGUAUUAAAUAUUGUCAUAUAAACUCUAAUUCCGCCAUGACUGUUAUUUGGCAAGAUGUUCAUCUUACUGCUGAAGCUUGGGCCGCCUUUGGUUUCACCUGUAGAUCUUAGAUUAGAUGACGUCAUUUCAAGACGUCUUUUGGUUGGCCAGCUGUGAACUUCAUGAAAAGGAGAAAACGUUAAAUAGCGUGAAAACUCAACAAAUUUUUAUAUUCUUCGGCGACAAUGAUAUCUGCGGUGAGCUUUUUUAUUUUCCUUACUUCGACGAUUCUCCAUAUCUUCGUCACCUCUGCUGCAUCUGGACCUAAUAUCUUAUUUGUUUUUGUGGAUGAUCUUGGAUGGAGUGAUGUAGGCUUCCAUGGUUCGAAAAUUCAAACCCCAAAUGUUGACAAAUUGGCUAAGGAAGGAGUAAUUCUGGAUAAUUACUACGUCCAACCUAUGUGCUCUCCAUCCAGAGCAGCAUUGAUGUCUGGAAAAUACCCGAUUCACCUUGGAAUGCAGCAUGGAGUUAUUCGUAGUGAGUCUCCAUUUGGUCUGCCGUUAAAUAUCACCACACUGCCCCAAAAGCUCAAGGAAGUUGGAUACAGCACCCAUAUGGUAGGCAAGUGGCAUCUUGGUUUCUACAACUGGGACAGUACUCCUACCUACCGAGGUUUUGAUACCUUUUAUGGAUUUUACAAUGGCGAUGAGGAUCAUUACACACAUGUUGUUGAUGAUUUUCUUGAUUUCAGAGACAAUGAAGAAAUUGUCAGGGAUAUGAAUGGGACAUACUCUGUUAAUGCUUUUACAGAGCGAGCUGAGCAUGUCGUCAAAUCACAUGAUGCAUCAGAUGGUCCUCUUUUCCUUUACAUGGCAUUCCAAAAUGUCCACUCUCCAGUCCAAGCACCUAAACAAUAUGUAGAUAAGUACUCCUUUAUAGAUGACACAAUAAGACAGACUUAUGCUGGGAUGGUGGAUAUCAUGGAUGAAGCAGUUGGUAAUAUAACAGGCGCUUUUAAAGAAGCAGGGUUAUGGGACAACACCUUGAUGAUCUUCAGUACUGACAAUGGAGGGGUCCCAAAACAUGGUGGAUAUGACUACCCCCUGAGAGGACGUAAGGGCACUCUGUGGGAAGGAGGAAUCAGAGGGGUGGGGUUCGUACAUGGAAAAAUGCUGUCUAGAAGUGGGGUGAAAUCUACUGGGCUGAUUCACGUGACUGACUGGUACCCAACAUUGGUUAAUCUUGCUGGUGGUCAUCUUAAUCACGAAGAUCAGCCCCUCGACGGUUAUGAUGUUUGGAAAACCAUUUCAAAUGGCGAGGCCUCUCCACGUACAGAGAUCCUUCACAAUAUAGACAUUCCCAUUUUCCCCAAUGAACUCGGUUUUGCGUAUCAAGGCAUUGGUCUUCGUGUAGGAGACAUGAAACUUUUGAUGGGAGUUCCCAAUAUCUCGUACUUCAUCCCUCCGGAAGAGAAGAAUUCUUCUAAAGUGGACUCGCUGACCGACUUGCUACAGGAUGCGAAAGAUGUGAGUGUGAGAUAUUGA